UUCAGCCUACCCAGUUACCCUUCUUUAUGCACCGCACGUUUAUUUCUCUCUCAUGGGUUUCGUUUAUGUGUAUUCUGUCUUCUUUUCUGUGUCGGGAGUCGGGGGAUUGUCGAAAACCCAACGAUGAAUAGUUUUUCCGAUAAUCAAGCCUGGUCCUGUGUGUAGGACACAGUAUCCGAGCGUGCGCGCAGUGGAUAAAACACACACCGGCAGGCACAGCUGGUCUUGUUCUCGACGCAACUGGUUGGCUUUGUGAAGAGAUCACUGGAGAGGUAAACUGAAAUGAGCUAAACUGAACCAGUGUUUUGUGCCCAGGGUCUUGUUGCCUGUUUUGUGUUUUGCACCCAGCUGUUGCCUCCGAGUCGUGCAGUGCCUGUGUUGUUGUCACAGGUGUUGACUGUUUGAGCAUGAGGUCUAAAUCGGCUGUGGGUCCUGCCAAAGGCGUGGGCAAGCGGCAAGCGACAAGUGGGAAAUGCUUUCCCGUCCUGCGGAGAACGAAGCUGGAACGGGGCAGUCUUGUGAAAGCAAAGUCCUCAUUGUGUCGAGAAAAGUCUCCUACAAAACAAGCGAAAACUCCUGUAUGCGGGGAGAAGUCACCAGCGAGGCAAACUAAGUCUCCACUGCGAGGGGAGAAAGCAUCGGCAAGACAAGUGAAGUCUCCAGCAAGUAGGGAGAAAUCACCAGCAAAGCAAGGCAAGUCACCAGUAUGUGUGGAGAAGUCAUUAACAAAACAAUGCAAGUCUCCAGUACGAGGGGAGAAGUCAUCAACGAAACAAGUAAAGUCACCAGCAACAAGGGAGAAGUCACCAGAGAAACAAGGCAAAUCUCAAGUGGGUAUGGAGAAGUCACCAGCAAAACAAGGCAAAUCACAAGGUGGUAGGGAGAAAUCACCAGGGAAACAAGUCAAAUCUCCAGCUUUUACUGAGAAGUCACCACCAAAACAUGCCAAGUCUUCUGCCUCUGCGUCUACCCCCACAGGCAGUUUCUCAGACAGUGGUGCCUCUUCAUCUGAGUCUUCUAAAUGUGGGCGGGCGAAAUCAGUUGUCAAGGGAAAAGCUUCCCCAGGAGAUACUUCUCGUCCAGGAUUGGCUAGUCUCAAGAAAAAUGGAGUGGCAAGCAAAAGUCUGGGUAAAGCGAAAAAUAUUGUUAAAAAUAAGAAGGCGUCAAAGCCCAUGUCAAAGUCUGCCCAGAACUUCAAGGAGUCUAUAGAUCUAUGGGUCAUCGCCACUAUAGGGAAAAGGGAAGCCAGCUUGAAUGCCAGCACAAAAGUGAAUAUUUUGUAUGAGAGUCAGACAGCAGCUCGAGGUGCUGUAAAAUCUCCUCCAAAGUCUACAGAGAAAACUGGAAUGAAAGCGUCUGCUAAAAGCCAAGAGAAAGGGGAGAGAAAAAUAGACAAAAGCAGCAGUACAGCAGGGUCAGCUAUUCAGAAGACUGCCAGUGGUAAAGCAAAGGCAGACCAGACCAGCAAAGCAAAGGGGAAGAAGGAUGGAUUAAAGUCGAGAGAGAAGUCCAAAAAGGCAGCAACAGUGCAAUCAGAACAGUCUAGAAAAAGAAAAAGUCCCCAUUAUAAAAUUUUCAGGGAUGCUCCGGUACCCAAGUGCAGGAAAAUGUCUACGAGUAGCGGCAAAGCCAAGGGGAAAUCGGGGAAAUCGACUGCAGGGAAGAGGUCAGCCAGCUUGGUCCAUGGGGCAGAAAAUAUAAUUGAGAAAUCUCCGCGCCAGGCCAGUUUGAUAGCCAAAGCCAUGAUAGCCAUGGAGCAAGAGGAGGAGGCGGUACAGGAUUCUGCCGCACGAGCCACUAGCUAUGACUGGACAGAGACCCGUGUGGUGUCGCACAGUGAGUGUCGUCGACUGCGUUGGGUGACUGGACUCGGACAGUCCACCAGUGACCUGGGAGGGCGAGGAACGGAAGCAAGCGUGGGCGGAGGCUCAGAGAGCGCCGAGUCCAGGUCUGUGGAUGCAGUGAGUGAGGUCAAAGGUGGUGAGUCAGAAAAGCCAGAAAGCCUGGAGCAGGAGUCUCUACAGAGCACACUGCUCAAAACACUGCAUCAUAUUGGAGAUGCACGCUUGUUGACAGAAUACUUCCGUGCCCAGAGAGAAGAUUUCCAGGGCCCUGUUGAUAUUGAGGAGUGUUCCACACCGGAGGUCCAGAAAACAGCAGCACCAGCUAAGAAAAAGUUGGAAAACCCAGUGGUAGAAAAAGCUGAAAAGGUGCUGGAAAAACUGACCAGUUGCUCCCCUGCUAAACCAGAGCCAUGUCGAGUUGACACACCGAUUCCCCAGUUUCCUGUUGGCCAAAGGACCAGCCACAUGACCAGUUUCAUCCACCAGCCCAUCGCACAGACGGUGUACCCCCCACAGCACACCCACCAGCUGCCCAUCAAAGUGACACCCUAUGCACCCAGCGCUGCCUACCUGUAUCAGUAUGCUGUAGACCGCCAGCAGAAUGUGUUUCUUCCUCCAAGCCCCUCCCCGGUUCCUUAUGCUGUCAGCAGCGGGGAUGUCUCUCAGCGACAGUAUUCCUCCUUCUCUCUCAACCACAUGGGCAGCUUGAGUUUUGGCAGACGGGGUGUGAACCCCUACCCCCCAAGCCCGAGUUAUAGCACUUCGAUACACCUGCCAGUGCAGCCUGUGGCAGGCUUUACCGUGCCUUCAUACUACCCGAGCUGUCUAACUGCUGUCGGUCAACAGAGUCUAUCAGGCGUGUCUAACACACCACUGGCACAGCAGAACCUAUCUGGCAUGUCGAAUGUAUCGCUGGCUCAACAGAACCUCUCUGGCAUGUCCAAUCUUCCCCUGGCACAACAAAACCUGUCUAGCGGCAUGUCUGGCAUGGCUCUGGCACAACAGAACCUGUCUGGAGGUGUGUCUGGUGUAGCUCUGGGCCAGCAACAGUUUCCCAUGCUCCAGUCCUCAGUGGUCCCCGGCCACCAGUAUGUCCAGGACAUGGCCAGGUUGGGGGGCUUCACGGCCGGCUAUGGACAGCAUCAACAAAUGAAUCCCCUGGUCCAGGAUAACUCCUGUAUGCCCCCUCCAUCUGCACCUCCACCACCCUCACCUCACAGGCAAGCAGCUGGCAGUCAAGGCGUUCAGCCUACCCCUGUCCGACCCCGCCCAGUAGCACACAGACCUGCUCCAUCCUUGUCUGAAAUCAGGAGCCCGGAGGCUCAGAGACCCAUGAAUCCUGUGGCUGCCGCUGAGCCCCUGGCAAAGUUGCGGGCUCUUGACUUGUCAGCGGGACGCAGAAACUCUGUUGUCCACAGUGGGGGUAGUUUUGUGGGAUGUCAGCCUGCAGUGGGAGUACGCAACCCUCUGUCACAUUCUGGGCACGAAGAGGUGGAGAGUAAAGCGUUUGUGUUCUCCUCUCCCCCUGCAGCCAAGCGCAGGAUGAUGAUGUGCAAGCUAGAGGAGGAUGGGACCAGCAGUGAUUCUCUCUGUAAGGCAAUGGGUAAGAGUGUGCCACAGCGCGGGGCUGGCGGAAACGCUGGCCAGGUAAAUGCAUCUGUGUCGUCGGGUAUGUUGUCCAGUGUUUCUUCCAGCGUGUCGGACGUGCUGCACAGUGCCCACAGCACAGUCUACCAGCAGGACCAAGGGGCUUCUGUGGUGCCGCAUGUUGAAGACGCCCACCACACCCCCACCCCCUCGACCAGUACACACAUGCUGGAUGGAAGAAGCAAUGAGACCUUGACCUUUAAGUAUUCAGUGUCUUCAAUCCUUGACAUGCCGAGCCAGAAAAUCAAGUCAGAGCCCCAAAUAGGCCGUGUAGGGCAUGUUAUGUUGUCAUCAUCCCAGAAGGGCCAGGCCGGGCCAUUUGUGACGUCGUCGUCCCAUGUGGGCCGUGUGGGGCCAGUUGUGACAUCAUCACCUCACAUGGGCCGUGUGGGGCCAGUUGUGACAUCACCACCCCACAUGGGCCGUGUGGGGCCAGUUGUGACAUCACCACCCCACAUGGGCCGUGUGGGGCCAGUUGUGACAUCACCCCACAUUGGGACAUCAUCACCCCACAUGGGCCGUGUGGGGCCAGUUGUGACAUCAUCACCCCACAUUGGGACAUCAUCACCCCACAUGGGCCGUGUGGGGCCAGUUGUGAUAUCAUCACCCCACAUGGGUCGUCAUGUGGGGCCGGUUGUGACAUCACCACCCCAUAUGGGCCGUGUGGGGCCAGUUGUGACAUCAUCACCCCACAUGGGUCGUGUGGGGCCAGAAGUGUCGUCAUCACCUCAAAUGGGCCAGGUAUUGCCUGCUGUGUCAUUGUCACCACAAAUGGGCCAUGUUGGGUCGACUGUGUCAUCAACACCUCAGACUGGCCAUGUGGGGCCAGUUGCAGCGUCAUCUCCCCAAAUGAGUCGGGUCGGGCCUGAUGUGGCGUCAUUGUCGUCUGGUGACUCUGGAUCCUCUUCACUUGUCCUGGAUAGCUCUGUUUCUGCUGGCUUUACACCUGGUAGCUUGUCUGGUUCCAGCAAAGAAAGAGAAGUUUGUCGUAAGGAGACAAUAGUAACGACAGAGGAUAAAGAAGCCCCAGGGGCACGUGGGGAAGGGGCGGGCAGAAAAGACAUGCCGCAAGCUAGUAAUGUGAUUGUGAUCGAGGACAGUGAUGAUACUUCAGAUGAUGAGCCGUUGGCCAAUCUGGUGAAGAUGAAAUGUGGAGAUGAAGGCAACGACAGCAAAAGUGAGACCACUGUCUCUACAGUGAAGGGUCCGCAAAAGAACAACAAAGAGAAGACUAAAAGUCGACUGGACAGAGCAAUAGAAGACAAGACUACUGUGGCUGGUGGAAAGUCCAGUCUUUCCAGAGGGAAGGGGGCUGUCAAAAAGGCUGAGAAAACGGACAACAAAAGAGUGGGUGCUGCAGCUUUGGCUGUGGCUGACACAGGGGAGAAGACUGGCCGAGCUGGUGUCAAAGCCAAACCAGACUGUUCCCGGGUAGUCUUGAAGCCUCAACUUAAUGUCAACCACAGCAAUAGCAGCAAUAGCAACGUCAUCAACAACAACAACAAUAACAACAACAACAACAACAGUGCAAAAUCAGGCAAGUUGCCGCAGUCAUUACUCGAGGGCUCAAAGGCUGCUGGGAAAGAAACAAAGGCUAAAAGUAGUGUGAAGAAAUCUGCCAAAGUUCAGGGCACUGGGAAGAAGUGCAGACCGGAGACACAGGUGUGCCCGAGUCCCAGCAAGACGUCCCUGGCACAUGGCUGGAGCUGGCUGGGGGAGGGGGAACUGAAGGCAAUACCCAAGUUGACGAUGCAAAAAGAGGAGCCGCUGCGAUACAGGAAGUGUUUUCAGUCGAUGCGACACACCCUGGGCGAAGUGGUGUCUGUGAGAGAUUGUGUCAUCCUGCACUCUGACGGCGAUGCUGGUAUACCGUAUGUGGCUAAAGUCAGCUCCCUUUGGGAGACUCCAACUGGAGAGAUGAUGCUGAGCAUGCUAUGGUACUACCAGCCGGAGCACACCGCGGCGGGUCGGGAGCCGGAGGACGGUGAGCAGGAACUGUUUGCCUCCAAGCACAGGGAGGAGAACAGUGUGGCCUGCAUCGACGACAAGUGCUACGUGCUUAUGUUCAACGAGUACUGUCGGCUGGAGUCGGAGGCUGUGAGAACAGAGCAGGGUGUGCCCCUCCCGCUAUGGAGACAGAAGAUCCCACAAGUGAGCGAGGCGGACAGCAAGCUGCGGCGGCCGCUACCACAUCCCGAUACCUGCGUGGACAACAUCUGGUUCUGCCGAUUCGACUACGACAUCAGGAAAAAAAUUGUGAAGAAACCGAAAGACAAAAAGUCCAACCUGAGGUACAGCAGACACCGGAGUAGUUAGAUAAAACCGCUGCGGGUUGGGUUUUGUUGCGACUUAUCGCAGAUUUCUCAGAUUGACUUUCUGUGACCGUCCUUGGUCGUCAGGGAAUGUAUGAGUGGUGGGUCCGGUUUUUUGUGAGGGCAGCAGGCGUAGGUUGGAUGUGGUUUGACUUUUGUGGGUUGGGUUUUUGUUUGACUGUAGUUCGUCAAGUUUUUGGCGGACAGUCGUUGGUUUUUAUGUGACCGUUGUGUGUCAGGUUUUAGUUUGAGCCCAUGGGUCAGGAUCAGUGAGACCGCCAUAUGUCUGGGUUUGUGUGGCUGUAGCCCGAAAGUUGAUUUCGCCGAUGUUUGGCUCAUGUGUGUGCAGUAACUUGCUGAUGUAGCAUAUAUGCGAGCAAAAUUUUCGUGUGGGAUGGAUGGUUUGAGGGUUCUUCUGGUUGGUUCUUCUUUUCUCUUCCUCUGUCGUUUCUGUCUACCUGUGUUAAUCUUUCCUUGCUCUCAGCGAUCAUCAUUAUGUCAUUGUGCCUCUCUCUGUUUUAGUAAGUGUUUUACGGCACUUGCAACUCAAUAAAGUCAUCGGAAAUUAGAAGUGUUUCAAGGGAGUAACAAACACAAAAAAGAAGGAGGGGAGAUAAAGACGAUAGAUGUUUGAUAGGAAAGAAGAAGCAA